CAGUCAGUCUCUCUCUCCUUUCUCUCACUACUCCUGCCCCCACGCGCGGGGAAAACAUUACCAAAUCCGAGAGCGCACGCGGAACGAUGGCUGCAGCUGCAGCAACCGUGGAUCGUAUUUUCCACGCAGAGCAGCGCGUCGCUUGACACGGAGCACUUUCAUUGCAGUUUCCACGCGUCAACCGCUGCGAUGCAGUCAAUUGCGAUAUACAAAUAACGACGAAGGCCACCGCUGGUUUUGCAGUCGGACAACCGCUCGUCUCCUUUUCUGGGGAGGGAGCCUUGGAUCUUCCACCUCGCGAAGGCAGCUGCUCCACGCAUCUCUCGGAGCUGCACCUAGCAAAGGAGGAGGGGGGUGGGAGUACGAUAGCAUCCCUCCAUCGCAACGCAUCGCACCCCUCCCUUUCCCCCCCUUAUUCUUAUUCUGCCCUGUCUCAUACCAUCAUACACCAAAGCUCCAGGGGUCUCGUCUAGCCGGGGACCAAGAAAGGGGGAGGAGGAGGUGGGAGGGAGGGAGGGAGGCUGGUUGUGGCGCACUCUCCGCGUGGGAAGGCCGGACUGAAGCGCCCCUCUCUCGGAGGAUGUUGCGGGAGUAGCACGUCUCAGAGUGGAAGAUGGGGAAGGACCAGGAGUUGCUGCAGGCGGUGAAGACCGAAGACCUGCUCACCGUGCAGAAGCUGCUGCAAAGGCCAGGGAAAGCAAAGCUGCUUGGGUCUGCAAAGAAAGUGAAUGUCAACUUCCAGGAUACAGAUGGAUUUUCCCCUCUGCAUCAUGCAGCCCUUAACGGCAACAUGGAGCUUAUCACUCUGUUGCUGGAGUCGCAGGCAGCUGUUGACAUCAGAGACCAGAAAGGUAUGCGGCCGUUGCACUACGCGGCCUGGCAGGGGAAGGCGGAGCCGAUGAAGAUGCUCCUAAAAUCGGCUUCGUCUGUCAAUGUCCAAUCAGAUGAAGGGCAGAUUCCUCUGCACCUGUCUGCGCAGCACGGCCAUUACGACGUGUCUGAAAUGCUGCUGCAGCACCAGUCCAACCCGUGCAUUGUGGACAAUGCGGGCAAAACACCUCUGGACCUUGCCUGUGAGUUCGGCAGAGUUGGGGUUGUCCAAUUAUUACUCUCGAGUAACAUGUGUGCUGCUCUGCUGGAACCCAAGAAAGGAGAUACUACCGAUCCCAAUGGGACAUCUCCUCUACACUUGGCUGCCAAGAAUGGACACAUUGACAUCAUUAGACUGUUGAUCCAGUCGGGAAUUGACAUCAACCGACAGACCAAAGCGGGCACUGCCCUGCACGAGGCGGCCCUCUGCGGCAAGACCGAGGCCGUGAGACUCCUGCUGGAAAGUGGUAUCAAUGCUACGGUGCGAAACACGUACAGCCAGACUGCGCUGGACAUUGUGUAUCAGUUCACUGCAACCCAAGCGAGCAAAGAGAUUAAGCAACUACUCCGGGAGGCGUCAGCAGCUCUUCAAGUUCGGGCCUUGAAAGAUUACUGCAACAAUUAUGACUUAACCAGCCUCAACAUCAAAGCAGGAGAUGUCAUUACGGUGUUGGAACAGCAUCCUGAUGGACGCUGGAAAGGCUGUAUCCAUGACAACCGAACAGGAAAUGAUAGGGUGGGCUACUUCCCCUCCACCAUGGUGGAGGUCAUCAGCAAACGAACAGGUUUGGCCAGCACAGUCAUUUGCACUCAACAGUUUCAAAAGAUACCGCUGGUUGCCCCGGCGACGGUUGCCCCCGCCAACGUGGUAGUCAACGGCAACGACACCACGUUCCAUCAGAUCCAUAUCCUGCCUCCACCGCCUCCUCCUCCACCACAUUCCCAUCAGCCACUGCUUCCACUUUUCACUUCCUUUGGCUAUAACAGGUCGCCCGUGACGACCCCACAGGGAGACACCCCCACUGCCCCAGGUUGUCGUGGCUCAGAGGCAAGUCCUCACAGCUCCCCCACCACGUCCUGUGGGCCCCACGGAGGCUCCAAUGAAGAGAUCUGGGUACUGCGCAAGCCUGUGGCAGGUGGAGACCGAAGCAGUUUCGGGAGUUCUGGAAGUGUCACCAGUGUGAGGUCAUCAGGCAGUGGUCAGAGUGCUGGAAGCGCUGCACAUAUGCUCCAUGCACAGGCUGAAGGAGUCAAGCUUCUAGCCACGGUGUUGUCUCAAUCUGCCAAAGCCAAGGAACAUUUACUGGAGCAGUCCAAGUCUGUAGACCAGCCUGCAGUAGGUUCUGCCAGUUCUUCUCGGACAUCGAGCCUAUCGGGCUGUCCUCUUCACGAAGCGCCGCCUUAUGAUGCCACAGCGGGCAGGAAGGGGGAGGCGCUAGGCGAAGGGAAGAGCUCAGAGGCAGUUGUCCAAUGGCUGAGCGACUUUCAGCUGCAGCUCUACGCUCCCAACUUCCUGGGUGCUGGGUAUGACUUGCCCACAAUUAGCCGAAUGACCCCCGAGGAUCUGACAGCUAUUGGAAUAACUAAACCAGGUCACAGAAAGAAGAUGACAACAGAGAUUAAUAAAAUGAGUGUCACCGAGUGGCUGCCUGAUCAGAAACCUGCCAGUCUUGGAGAGUGGUUGUGCGCCAUCGGUCUAAGUCAGUACCACCAAGUAUUAGUUCAGAAUGGUUACGAGAACAUCGACUUCAUCACAGACAUCACUUGGGAGGACCUGCAAGAAAUUGGCAUUACCAAACUGGGCCAUCAGAAAAAGCUAAUGUUGGCGGUGAAGCGACUAGCUGAAAUGCAGCGCAACUCAGAUGGGCGUGGCUCCCUCAGAAAGAAGCCGCCACCAAUCACACAGCAGCAGGAAGCGAUGUCAUUGGAAAGCCCACCUCCAGAAGAUGUGAUGUCUCCAAAAAUGAGCACCUUCCAGGACAGCGAGUUGAGUAGCGAGUUGCAGAAUGCCAUGAGUCAUUCAGCUCAGGAGGUCAAACCACAGCCAGCACGUAGUCUCAACAAGGAUCCUGAUGAGUUGAACUCUGGAGGAGGACCGCCUAAGAAGGAGGCGAGGACAAUGAGGCAGCAGAGCAGCCAAGGAAGUAACUCCUCCCACAGGAGCAGCGUGUCUUCGCAAGGCAAACACCGUCACUCCCACUCCCAUUCCCAGCCUGCACCUCCCUACACGCCCCCUCACACUCCAACCAAGACCAGGACGUCCUCAUCUUCUUCCACCUCCUCCGUCCAGAGCACGUCCUCCCCCCAGUCCAAACACAGGGUCUCCCCCCAGUUGAUCCAAGGUGAAACGCCUCUCUCGCCACGCUCGCACCCUCCUCAGUCUCCAAACCAUCGCGGCGCUCCGGUCCAGUCCCCUCAGCAGAAUCAAAUCUACCAUCAGAACCACCCCCAUGAGAUCGGGGAUUGUACACAACAAGCACAGGUCCCGUUCCUCUGCCUCCCACCCGAGGCUGAGCUGGCAGACGGCGACGAAGCAGAUCUCCAGAAGAAGCGAGCCAACAGCCUCAACCGGCGGCACGCUACGUCAGAUGGCGAGUGUGAUGAGAGGACGGCGGCUGGAAGAGGACGGGGUGGGGAAGGCCACGUCGCCACAAGCCAAGGCUCAAACGUUAGAGCGGAAGGUGUUAAAUAUGCCACGGUCAGCCACGGCGUCAACCGCAGCCACUCGGUCCGCAACCAAGACAAAACUGUUACUCGCAACCAGCCGCAGUCCAUCACUCUGCGCCAGAAGAAGAAAGGUCCUCCCCCGCCGCCUCCUAAACGCUCCAGCUCGGCCAUAUCCAACUCCAAUCUGACAGAAGGGAAUGCGCCCUUGCAAGUGCUGACUACCACUGAUGGGAUGCUGGAUGUGCCUUAUCACCAACAACGGCGAGCCAGCGAUUUGGGAGUAUCUGUUGAAACAGGAGCUGUGGAGACAAACAGCAUGGGAAGUGUGAGGAGCAUCGCCGCCAUGCUGGAAAUGUCUUCUAUAGGGGGUGGAGCCAAAGGGAUGGCCCUGCAAAAGAACUUCCUGCAGGCCGGGAAAACACGCGAAACGAUCGGUCUGGACGGCGAAGUGGUGAACCGACGACGGACCAUUAGCGGGCCCGUCUCUGAGUUGGUGGCAGCGGCGAGGCGUGACCAGCCGACACUGUCUGUCAUCUCCCAGCCUGAAUCCUCCCCGCCUCCCGUAACUUCACCUUCUCCCAGUCCAAGCCCCGGAGGAAGUGGGAGUUCUUCCGAAAACCUGCCAUUUGCCGAGGAGGGAAGCCUGACCAUCCGCCGACAAGGUCGAGGAGAAGGACAGUGUGUAUUUUGUGUCUGCCUGCAGGGUGAUGGCGAGGGCGAUGGCGGGUACACUCAGGAGGACAUGGCCCGGGUGGAAGCCACGGCAACCCUCAAGCGCCGGCCCCGCAGCUCCAAGACCCACCCCAACGGCUCAGGCUUCACCCUCCAGGAGUCGUCCACCGUCAAACGGAGACCCAAGAGUCGCGACAAGGAACCGGAGGGAUACGCAGUCCUCGCCGGGCCCAACGGAGAUCCUCCGGGUAGCGGACCAGCCGACACCCCGCAACCGCUACUUUACCAGAACGGUACAGCCACCAUGAAACGCCGCCCGGUGUCUGACGCCGGAGUGACGGAGCAGCCCCAAGCGCAGCCCCAACCACAAUCCCAAGAGACUGCUGCUCCUCGAAGGGACAGUUUGGACAAAGGCAUUCCAGAAGAAGCUCCAGUGAAGAAACCAAAACCGCCCGUCUCCCCGAAGCCAGCCAUGGCCCAGAUCAAGAGACAAGCAGUCACGCAGAACAGCCCGCAGACAGCCUCCAACAAGAGAGUCCCUCUACCGGGACCGGGGACACCUGUCAGUCCAGUGGAAGGAAAAAAGAUCCCCCCUCCGGUCUCGCCCAAACCCGCCCCCCCACCGACGGCGCCGAAGCCAGCCAAAUUGAUCCACUCCAUGACCAGCCCCCCUUCCCCGUCCUCGGCCACCCCUCUUGCAAAACUGCACCCCGCGGUGGCCCGGCAGACCAGCUCGCCACCUUCGCUUCCCAGUUCCAACACCCCCAGUCCACCAAACGUGAAGCUCCCCAGCCCGUUGGCACAAAGUCCGCAUACCCCGCAGACGCCCACCACGCCGCAGACUCCUCAGACCCCCGCCACUCCCAGCCCGCCAGUCAAGCCUCCUCGCUCCUCCAUCGGCGGCGUAUCUGUGGACAGCGGGAUGACGGCGAUGAAUACGCCCGUGUCCUCCACGACAGACUUUGGUGUGGAUUCUUUGGUGCAUCAAAAGCUGGAGGAGACGAGCGCGUCGCUCGCUGCCGCCCUGCAGGCCGUAGAGGACAAGAUAUUGCGGCAGGAGGAUUCCGUGACAGAGCAAAAAACCACCGUGAGCAUUCUGGACGACAUCGGCAGCAUGUUCGACGACCUGGCCGACCAGCUGGACGCCAUGUUGGAGUAAGCGGUCGGUCGGUCGGAGCGGCACGUCACCACGGCGACGCUUCAACCCAAAGUGACUCAGAUGGCACAAUGGGCAAUUGGGCUCUCCACCUCUCUUCCUCGUCAUCCUUUGCUCAUGGACUUGGCAUUCUUCCCGUCGUCUGCGCCAUCUGUCCGUCCAGCGCUGCUCUGGGAAGCCUCUCAUCCUCCUCUACAGGCAGAGCGAGAGAGGGAAAAACAAUUGAAAGAGAGUGAGGAGGAAGAAGAACGACAAGGAGCGAGAGCCUGCAAUCAAAAUAGGUGUCAUCCUUUAGACUUGUGAACAAAUAAACUCAACUAAUAGUGAUUGAAAAAGCAACAGUGUGAUCAACCAUCGUAUGGUAUGUGUACAAUCUAAGCAUGGAGAGUUUAUAUCUACUGAAAAAGUCCUGCAUUAGCACAGUAAUAUAUAUAUAUAAUCAUCUACAGAUAAUUAAGAAUCUCUCGCUCUUUGGAUCGAUGUCUUGGUUCUGUGUGGAAUUCUCAUGAUGUAAUCCGUGACCAAAACCGGACCAUUCAGCUCCGAAAACGGUGUGUGUUUGUGUGAGAUGGGUAAAAAAAAAUGACAGUGAUAGGUGCGCAUGUGUGUGUCUGGGUUUGACUUUUAAGUUCUGGUUUGCUUUGCAUCCCCUUUAACAUACCCACACACACACAUGCAAACAUGGAGAAGCACAAUGGCCCAUGAGGUUAGCUCACACACUAACACACACACACACACACAUGGGAGCCUGCACAAAGGGGUUGAGGGCUACAGCAGGUUGUCCUUGAGAAAUAAUUACAAAUGAUGGAUUCCAGGAUGCAUUUAAAAAAAAAAAAAAAAGUCAAUGCAGGUGAAAAGCAGCACAUUCCCCUGUGGAGCUUCAGCCACACUUUCCCCAUCAUCACCGAUCCCUGCUGUUAUUUUAUAUACGGAAGGAUGAGUGACAUGUUUUUUGUUCACGUGCUUGGUCGAAUGCAACUUUUAAGACAGUAAAGCAGAGAAAAAAAUAGCACAUUCGGUUCAUGGAUUUAUAUCAUAACUAAAUUGAAUCGUCUUUUUAUCGCAAUGUUUGCUACUUUUGCACACCUUGACGUAUCUUUUUUUUUUGGUCACACUACGCCUCUGGUUUAUUUUCUCAUGGAAACAAACUCGUCUUGCUCAUCCCACACACUAGCAAGCACCCGCCCUGUGUUGCCAUGACAAUCUGCUUCUUCAUCAUCAUCAUCAUUCCCACCAUCUCAAAUGGUGUUGCUAUGGUUACCGCGACAUACUUCUCAACAACAGUGUUGACGCGUUUACAAAUGUGUUGGGAUCGAAUUCGAGGCAGGCAGCAGAGAUCGGUGAAGAUCAAUCGCCGGUUUGUUUGAGCAAUAUUAAAGAUGUACUCCCUUCUGGCUAUUAGUUCAUAUUCUUACAAUGACUAUAUUUAUAAUAAAAGAUUUUGGGGUGCAUGUGGUGUUGGGAAAAUAAAAAACUGCAUUUACUGGUGGAGUACCUCUUUAAGAAAAUUGCUGACUUUGCAUCCAAAGCCAAAUCUUGGUGGUCCCAAAGCAAGCCACUCUCCUUAUACAGAGAAUAAAUGUGCUAUUUAAAUCAUAUAGAGAUUAUAAUAUAUAUAUGGAUAUUUGCAAGAAAAAUAGAAUUGUAUUUACGAUGUAUGUGUCAACCUGAAGACUAUUUUUCAAAGUUAACAGAUCUAAUCUGAGUGUUGAAUCCAAUUGCUUCUCCAUGCUUCAGUGGUGUGAGCGAGCUGAUGAGUCGUCGUAUGGUUCCUUGUUGGGAUGUUGUUCUUGCCCGUGUGUUCAAUCGUCCCACUGUGUGUAGAAUACAAGCAACACUUCUUCUUCUCAUUGACGGCAGUUGUUUUCCUACAAAACGUGCCUUGAUUUGUAAUUCUGCUUGAUUGAACCAUAUCCUUUUCUUCUAUCAAAUAUCUUUCUCAUCUCAUAUGAUCUUAAACAUGCCCUUUUUUUUUAACCUUUGGGAAUUCAUUUUAAUGACUCGAUCGAUUGGUAAAACAAGUGGAAUCAUCAAUCUGUAUGCUGAUUCCAUAUCAAAUGAUUAUUUUCCCAUGUGUUUGUUUGCUUUGCUUUUGCCCCGCCCCCAAAUGCAGGUUAAACAAAUGUACUGUACUCAUCCACCCUUGCGUCAAAAGGAAAGUGGUGAAAGGGAAACACUUGCCAUACAUUCAUGCAGCUCUCAGACACUUGGUUAAAAAAAAAAAAAAAAAUCCUCUCCUGCUUGGUUGUGGUGCUGGGUUUAUUUUGAAGGCAUGUUGGAGUGAGGGUGGAAUUUGUAGGUAAAACGACACAGAUGGUCUUAUUUGAUUUCUUAACAAAAGAAAGGGAGGAAACAAUGUCAAGCUGUUUCAAGUACAUUUCCUGCCUGUGCUUAUAUGAACGGAUGAAUACCUGACUGGUACUUCUGCAGUGACUGGUGUGAUGGACGGAAGCCGAAUGUGUGUGCGUUUUUAUGUUGCUCUGCUUUUGAUUGUGUGAAAUGCGCGUGAGAUUAGUGCGUAUGUGGCAGUGAGUGGACAGUGGUUGGUGUGUGCUUGCAGUGACUGCAUCGUAUGGCCAUCUGCUCUAAGUAAAUAAACGUUCUAUAAAAAAGAAA